AUGUUAAACAUCAAGUACGGUCACCUGUGUAGGUGUAUAUAUAGAAGAUAUUUAUCUUGCGGCGACGAUCAUGUACUCAUGAAAUGCAGUUCUUAUUCGAAUGAAGCAAUGAAAAUAUGUGAUUUGCCUGAGGAUUUUUAUCCUACAGACAUGCAUUGGUUUCCAAAAGUUCAAUCAGUCGGAAGAAAAUCGUCUUCCGAUCUUUUACUGAUUACGUCCGCCGAUGGAAAAUUUCAUUUGAUUCAUAAAAAUGGAAGAUUUGAAAAAAGUGUAGAAGCUCACAGGGGGGCGGCAUUGGUUGGACAAUGGAGUUACGAUGGGGCUGGAAUUUUAACUGCGGGAGAAGAUGGACAAGCAAAAAUUUGGUCUCGCAGUGGUAUGUUACGGUCAACAUUAAUUCAUGAUGAUACACCCCUAUAUACUGCGGCUUGGGGUCCAGACUCGAACCAAGUCUUAUUGGCUCAGGGUAGAAUGCUUGUUAUUAAACCUCUUGCUCCUAAUACUAGACCGUUACGAUGGAAAGCUCACGAAGGGCUAAUUUUAAAGGUGGCUUGGAAUCAAAGUAAUAAUUUAAUCGUAUCCGGGGGAGAGGAUUGUAAGUAUAAGGUGUGGGAUUCAUUUGGUAGGCAAUUAUAUUCAAAUGCACUUUGUGAAUAUCCCGUAACAAGUUUAUCUUGGUCACCUGGGGGUGAGGUAUUUGCCGUUGGAUCAUUUAAUACUUUAAAACUGUGUGAUAAAAUAGGAUGGUCUCACUCUCUUGACAAACCGAAUAGUGGUAACAUAUAUGCCCUAAGUUGGUCCCCCGAUGGUACUCAAUUAGCUGGAGCAUGCAGUAAUGGAAACAUCAUUUUUGCUCAUAUUGUCGACAGGAGAAUUGAAUGGAAAAACUUUGAAGUUAUUUUAACAAGUAGAAAAAGUAUUUUAGUUCGUGACGUCCUUACAGAAGUAACGGAUAAACUUGAGUUUCCAGAACGUGUGGCCAAGAUGGCAUUAGAACAUAAUCAUUUGAUUGUUACAACACCUAAUCAAUGCCACGUUUUUAGCACAACCAAUUGGAAUACUCCUUUUAUUUUUGAUUUGAAAGAAGGAUCUGCAAGUUUAAUUAUCAUGAGCUACAAACAUUUUUUAUUAGUCGAAAGGUCACACAUUAACAUUUAUUCUUAUGAGGGUAAAUUUUUGUGUUCUCCGAAAAUUCCCGGAUUGCAAACCGACACAAUUGAUUCGAAUGGUAUCACAUUAAGUGCUGAAACGUUAGGAUUGUUGGAUCAAAACGAUGACAAAUAUAUACAUUUAUUGGAUAUUUCAAAUUCCCGUCAGAUUACAAAUCUUGCACCCGUUCAACACACUUUGGGAAUUUCGUGUAUUGCUUUGAAUCAGGCACAAGAUUCUCAGGAGCGGCAGCUUGCAUUCAUCGACAGAAAUCAAGAUAUUUAUAUUUGUUACGUUUACGGAAAUGAAUUUCGAAAAAUAUCCAAAUUGGGAGUUAUGAUUCAAACUUUGGCUUGGAAUCCGGAAGUGAAUAUGUUAGCCGGUCUUCAAGAUUCCACUUUGACUCUUUGGCUUUUUCCUACUGCUUUAUAUAUUGAUAAGCAAAUUUUAAGAAAAUGCACUUUGAUAAAAGAUUUAAGUGAAUAUGGCAGGAGUUUAAGUUUAAUUAGUUUUAUUAAUAAUCAAAUUAAUAUGAGGCGAAUCGAUGGGGCUCUAGUGAGUUGUUCCAUUACUCCAUAUUGUGAAAUUUUGCACGGUUUUGUCGCUUCGAAUAAAUGGGAUGACGCAUUGCGAAUUUGCCGUUUUGUCAACGAAGAAAUGUUAUGGGCUUGUUUGUCUUGCAUGGCGUGUCGUUCGAAAAAUCUACAAACCGCAGAAGAAUCUUACGCCGCCAUAAAUGAAUUUGAUAAAGUAUCUUAUAUUCAAUAUAUUAAACGUUUACCUCUUCGUCCGGUACAAAACGCUCAUUUGGCUUUAUUGUGCGGUAAUAAAAAAGAAGCCGAAAAUAUUUUUCUCAUGAAUGGGAUGGUCUAUCGAGCCAUUUCUUUGCAUUUGGAUUCGCAUAAUUGGGUCAGGUAUUGUUUUCUUUACAAACGAAAAUGUUAUUUGGAAGUGUUCGACAAGCCGGAAACAAAUGAAAAAUUUUUACAAUACGGAAAAGAAGUUGAAAUCGAUCCUGAAAAAAUCAAGGAGAAAAUUGAAGCAGAAAAUGCAAAAGAAAGAGAAAAAGGUUUAGGUGCGACGAGAUAA